GGCGGUAAACAUGGAGGACAGAAAGUGGUUGGGCAAAAAAGACGACAUUUAGAGCCAACACCUGGCAUUUUUAAGCAUAAAAACCCAUCUUUCUCCUUCGGUUCUUCAAAAACAAAUCAAAUUACCAUUCAAGAGUAAAUAACAAAGGCUCUUUCAUAGUACUUGUCUGUUAUUAAAGGGCAGACUUGAGUUUUUGGAAAAGCAAAAAAAUGUCGAGCCGAGACGUGCGAAUUUUGCUCGUGGGUGACCCUCAAGUAGGGAAAACAUCGUUAAUAUUAUCGCUGGUCAGUGAGGAAUUUCCAGAAGAGGUUCCAUCAAGAGCUGAAGAAAUUACUAUACCAGCUGAUGUCACUCCAGAAAAGGUUCCUACGCAUAUUGUAGAUUACUCAGCUGAAGAGCAAACGGAAGAUGCAUUAGCAGAAGAAAUACAAAAGGCAAAUGUCGUUUGCAUUGUAUACGAUGUCACAGAUGAAGAAACAAUAGAAAGAAUAACAAGCGUAUGGAUGCCUUUGAUCCGAAAUGUCACUGAAGAUGAAGAGCAGACCAAACCAGUUAUAAUUGUUGGAAAUAAGUCUGAUCUAUCUGACUUGAGUACGAUGGAUGUUGUUCUUCCAAUAAUGAAUGACUACACAGAAGUGGAAACAUGCAUUGAGUGUUCUGCCAAGAGCCUCAAGAACAUAUCAGAGAUGUUUUACUAUGCACAAAAGGCAGUGCUUCAUCCAACAGCACCUCUCUACCUACCUGAGGAAAAACAGCUUAAACCACUUUGUGAGAAAGCAUUGACUAGGAUAUUCAAAAUAUCAGAUGCGGAUGGAGAUGGAGUACUUAAUGACACUGAGCUGAACAAUUUCCAGAAACGUUGCUUCAAUUCACCUCUUCAAGGUCAAGGCUUACAAGAUGUUAAGAAUGUAGUUCGCAAAAAUAUUGAUGGUGGCCUCAAGGAUAAUGGACUGACCUUAAAAGGUUUCCUGUUCCUUCAUACGUUGUUUAUACAAAGAGGCAGACAUGAGACUACAUGGACUGUUCUUAGGAAGUUUGGUUUUGGUGAAAAUCUACAGUUAAGAGCAGAUUAUGUUUGCCCUCCAGGGAUUGAAGUGGGUGUUGACAAUACAGUGGAGCUGUCAGAUGCUGGAUAUGAAUUUCUGAUUGAUUUCUUUAAUAAAUAUGAUAAGGACCAAGACGAAGCACUGAGUCCUGUGGAAUUACAGGAACUAUUUUCAAUGUGUCCAUCCAUGCCGUGGGGAGAUGAGGUAAUCAGUUCCACAGAAACAAAUGACAAAGGAUGGAUAACAUUGCAGGGUUUCCUUGCUCAGUGGACGUUGACCACAUUCCUUGACUAUACCAGAACACUGUCUUAUCUUGCUUACUUUGGCUACACACAUGGAGACACCGAAACACAACUAUCUACAGCUAUUACAGUCUGUCUUCCAAUGCCUGUUCCUAUUGCCUACUCUGUUUCUAGACUUAUUCGAAGCCGAAAAAAGCUCAAAGCUUCUCUCCAGGCCUCUCAGGAAGGGCUGGAUUGGGCUGUAUCUAAACUGGUGACGCGCAGCAAGUCUGUUGACAUUCAGAAGAAAUCUACCACUCGUUCAGUUUUUCAGUGUUAUGUAUUUGGACCUCCAGGUGUAGGCAAGACUGCAUUCCUUCAAUCCUUCCUGGACAAAACAAUACAGGAAUCGGAGAAAGAUAAGGUCAUUUCUAAUUAUGCAAUAAACUUGUUGCAAAUAAACCGUCAAGAAAAAUAUCUAGUGCUGCGCAAGAUAGAUUGGGAGAGUUCUGGUUUACUGCUCCAUGAUCGUAGAUGUGAUGUAGCUUGUUUCCUGUAUGACUCUACUGAUCCUGCUUCCUUCUCACAAGCUGUACAACUACAUGAGAAACUCCCCAAGACAGUGCCGUGUCUGUUUGUAGCAACCAAAAGCAACAUAUCUGUAGUUAGACAGGAAUAUGAACUACAACCAACCAUGUACACAUCUUUAAAUAAGCUACCACCUCCAAUGCCUUUUCAUGAGAACCCUGAGAUGAAUGCAAGCAUCUAUGUUAAACUUGCUCGAAUGGCAGUAUAUCCCCAUCUUUGUGGCCCAAAUGCAGACAACAUGGGGUCAUUCUGGAUAAUGGCAGGAGUUGGUGCCACGGCAUUCGCCUUCAUUGCAUUCCUUGCAUACAGAUAUUUACGCAAGGGUGGAGGGACAUGACACAUGUCUUGCUGAUAGACCAUUAUCACUAUGACGAUGACAUUUUUGAGCACUCCAUCUGUGCUUAAGCUCUCAGCAAACUACUACUCAUGUUUUGUUUGACAUGUGAAUAUCACAAUCAAUGAGUGCUUCACUUCCAGAACUAAAUCCGUUUGAGGGGUAGACAACCUUCUUCAGUCCAUACAGUAUGGUGGAAACCUUUUUUUACUAGUUUCACUAGCUGGGCAAAAACUAACUUGAUCUCUCAAAUCUUUUAGAAGAAAAAAAUCACCACUGUUUUAAUUUAUUUUCUGAGCAAUUUUAACACUCUAAAAAACUCAAAUGAAAUCUGUUUUGUAGUUCCAGAAUUAUUUUAAAAUAUCUCCUGACUGAUUUUAGACAUGCCUUCUCUUAGGAAUUUCAAUAAACCUACCUCUUCGCUUUAAAAAAUCCUAAUUCUGAAAUUACACAUUGAAGCAGAUUAUCCUCAAGCCCUGCUUACUCUAACUUAUUAUCGCUCUUGGGUAAAGAAGACAAGCAACAGGGUAAUUCUCCCCCUUGUAUGGAGACUCGGACCUUAUCUUUUUUUAUUGAAAGCAGAUGAUUCCUCAACAGAAGUUUAUGGAUCUAAGGGACAGGCCAUUAGAUUUUUGAGGGUGGGGUUAAAAAAAAAAAAAAAAGAGCGAAAAAAAAUUGU